CCGAGGCACUCCCCUUUUUGUGUGAAGGAAAAUCUCCCUCAGUCGCAUCCAAAGCCGACCAAGCUGAAGAGACAGAUCAGCGACUUGAACUAGCGGGCGGCUGCACCAACACACCGCUUCAUAUCAGCGACCUGUGCUUUAGUCUCAAACCGUUACAACACGUUAACUGGAUUUUAUUUUGAAACUUACUACACCUAAUGUGAGAGAGUGGCAAAGAAUACUGGAAUCUCAGACAAAAGAGAUGGGAGCCUUUGGGGUGAUAGUAGGGACUUUACAUUACAUGGGACUCUACAUCCAACUUACUGCCUCCACAAGGCAAGGUGGACACGCAGAGUUAGUGAACCACAUCUCCGGGAACGCUGUGUUCACAGAGGUCCCCCAUGACAUCACAGCACAGAGUGGUCAGGACGUGGAGAUGGCGUGCUCUUUCCGGGGGGCAGGCCCCUCCUACUCCCUGGAGAUCCAGUGGUGGUACAUCAGAAACCACAGAGACUGGACAGAGAAACAGCCCUGGACCACCAAUCAGGUUGUACCCCAGGAUGAGAUGUCAAAGGAUGCUACCAAAAUAAGUGUGGUGAAGGUUGCCGGGAGCAACAUCUCCCACAAGCUUUGUCUGUCCAGCGUGAAGCCGUCUGACGAGGGCACAUACGAGUGCCGUGUGAUCGACUUCAGCGACACCGACAGCAACGCCCGCCACCACAAGGUGAGGGCCUACCUGCAGGUGGAGUCAGAGAGAAACCAGAACCCGAAGCUGCGCCAUCAUGGAGAAAACGUCCAACCCCAGGACACCAAGGGCCUGGCGAGCAGCAGGCACCAGCCGGAGCAUGGCAAACACUCGCCAGCAUCCCACCACAAACCAACAGGCACUGGCAGGGAGCUGAGGAAGAGGUCUGCUGAGACUGGCAGCGCUACUGACUGUACUGACAGCUGUCCUCUACACCUCACAGCUCACCCAUAACCUCCUCUGCCUGUUUUGGUCUGGCCUCAGCCCCACACCCCGGGUGGGUAGUUCCAGUCCCGGAGGGCCGCAGCGCAAUUUACCCAGACCUCUGAUUCAUCCACCCCUACCACUGCUCCAGACACCAAAGGGACUAUAUCUCAGUGCCACCUCAGUCCUAAAUCUCUAACCUCAGCCCUCACACUGUCCCAUCAAAAACAUCCCAAGUCCUCUCCCAGGCCAAACCCUUCUCUUUACCACAACCCUCUAGAUCAGGGGUGGGCAACUUUGAUGGAGAUGGGGGCCACAAAAAAUCUGAACUCAUCAUGAGUGGCCACAGUGUGCGCACUCACAUCCAUACCCAUUUUUCACCCUAAGCUACAUUUUGUUGGGGGGGCAAAACAUUUUAGCGUCCCCCACUCUUAACAAUGGAGAGAUUUUUUUGGUUUGUUUUAGACUUACUUUCCUGCAAUUCUACACAUUUAGCCAUUGGGCGUAGAAAAGAUUGCCAUUUUAUGCAAUUUGACUCAUUUAGCCAUGGGGUGGAGACAAAUAUUAGCAGUGUUUAAGCUAAUUUCCUGCAAUUCUACACAUUGUGUCCUGACUUAUGCCAUGUUAAUAUAUCUGAGUGAGAGUGACCUAAAAAAAAAAAAUCGGUGGGGGGGGGGGGCCAUGAUUACUACAUGUUUAGAUUGCUGGCUAGACUAAUUUACUAAUCUAAAAAUGUGUAGCUAAUUGAGUGAGUUUCAGUGACUGACAUAAGAUAACUGCUGAUGCACAACCUAACUCUCAACAGUCAAUUCCCCCGAAUGAGUUCCUAUUUAUUUAUUUCAAUAAAUUGUUUUGGGUUUGAUCUGCCAGUUGCCCAUCCCUGCUCUAGAUUGUCUACACUGUACAUGUUACUGUAUAUAAUGAUAAAAAGUGCAUGUUUAACAUGUUUUCUUACAAUCUUUUUCAAUCAUCUAAGAGGACGUAUAAGCUGGAAGGGUUACUUGUUGCUUUAUUCAUUUGGGUUUGUUUUCUGAGCAGUUCAUUCGCUGUUUCUCCAUGGUAAGACAAGGGGGGGUUCUAUGGGUUAAUAUCAGUGGGUCAUGAUUUCCAUCCAACCAGAGCUACACCAAUGUUUAUAAAGUAAAACCUGUUCAUUGUGUUUUGUGCUUUCCCAACAGAUAAUGUGGCUGUUAGAAAGACCUGAUGGAUAAUAGAAUUGUUUCUUGCUCUAAACUUUGCUUUGAUGUUUUGUAAGAAAUCAUUGUAAAAAUGUUGUACAUUUUAGAAUGUCUUCUAGGAUGUUGGUCUCGCACUAAAUUUAUGCCUUUAUCAAAUUAAAUAAAGUGUACAUGAACCUA